AUGUCCCCUCCAAUUUCUCCACAGCCGUCCGAAACCCGUCCGAGGGCUGGGACGGCCAUGAGCUUUUCAUCUCAACGAUCCCGCCGCAGCAACUCUUCCGCCAACAAGCUAGAGUUGACCGAGAGUUCCAAAGAGAAGAAGAGGUUGAACACAAAGGCAGAUCCGUCGAGAGCCAUCACUGAGGCCACGCCAGCGGAACAGGCACAAGAGGAAUCGACAGUCGAGGAUUUGCGGAGGAUGAUGCACAAAGACAACGAUGGCAAUCUUAUCACCGAUCCUGAUCGUUCCAAUCCUACCCGCCAUCGUAUGGAGCGCCCACUAGACACCAUCCGUGCGUUUCACGCAGCUGCGGAGGGGACGAGCACGCGGCGCUCCUACAAUAGCAGACCAGGUUCCCAAGUUGGCUGGAAUGGUGACAUGAACCGCCGGGCAAGCUACUAUUCGCAGAAUGGAUACUCCCCGCAGCGACCUCGUGUAUCACCUAGUGGUGGAUACUACCGCAAUUCUUCCUAUGGUUUCGCUCCCCAAAGCGCGGUCGAAGAGUCCCCCGGUGCUUCCCAAAUGUACGCUCGGCCACCUGUACGUCAACAAACCCACCCCCAUGCUGGCCCGCCAAACGGAUACCCGAACGGCUAUCAGCACAGCCCCAGCAACGGGGAGAGUCCAAUGUCCUCGCAUGCAUACCACCACUCCUAUGAUGCGAUGACCAGUGGCUCCGAGGAAUAUGGCAAAUCGACAAAUCCGAGCUCCCAGAACAGCUCUUUUGACCAGCUCCAGCAACUUCGGACCAAGCCAGAAGACUUCCCCCAGGAGAACCCAUAUGCCAAAGAGAUUCAGUUCAACCAGACCCAUUCGCCACAGCCAUUCUCACCCUAUGGCUCACGGGAUGGUGGUCAUGAUCAGCAGAUCCACGCCCCAGCGGCCCCAUCAAACCAGUACACACCGCCCGCUGCAAACGAUCCCCGACAACCAAUCAAGCUGAACGGCAUGUCAAAUACUGCUGAAAUCACUCCUCCUGCUUCACCUAAGAAGCAAAGCUGGAUCAAGAGACGGUUCAGCAAGCGAGCGUCCUAG